CGGCCGGAGCGAAACUUGGAAGCAAAUUAUUAUUAUUUUUAAAAUUAAAUCUACCCAAAAAUGUCUUACAAAGUGGCCAUAAGGAGUUUCAAGACCUUAAGUUAUGUUGGAAGUUACAAGAAGAUAAGAGAUCGUCCAAUAACUUUCUACUGUGCUGCCAUAAUAGGAGCAGGAUAUGUCACAUACAAUCAAUACAGACAAAAUAAAACCAAAGUUGAGGCAAAAGAAAUAAUGCAGCUCAAGAACUACAUGGCUGAACCAAUCACUCCGAUCAGCCAGUUGGAGAAGAACCAGGAUGAUAUGAAGACACAGAUGGAAAUGCUCAUCAUGAGGAUACAGGCGGAGUUCUGUAGGGCUUUGGAAAAAGAGGAGGAUGAGGCAUGGGAAGAUGAAAAAACAGCUGAUGAGUAUGAUUUCGACAACGAUAUAUUUUUACCAUCGCCGGAGUCAAAGUUCAAAGUGGACCGAUGGAUUCGUAAGGAAGGUGGUGGGGGAAUCACUUGUGUAUUACAAGAUGGUAGAGUGUUUGAAAAGGCUGGCGUCAAUAUAUCGGUCGUUUCGGGGAAGCUGCCGCCUGCUGCCGUUCAACAGAUGAAGAGCAGAGGUAAAAACUUCGAGAGCAAAGAGCUGCCAUUCUUCGCGGCCGGCGUCAGCGCAGUCAUCCAUCCGCGCAACCCCAUGGUGCCCACCAUACACUUCAACUACAGAUACUUCGAGGUCAAGGAUAAGAAUGAGGUUCAUUGGUGGUUUGGAGGCGGUACGGAUCUGACGCCAUACUAUCUAAACGAAGAAGACGCGAUACAUUUCCACAUGACGCUCAAACACGCCUGCGACGCACAUGACACCAGCUACUAUGCAAAGUUUAAGAAGUGGUGUGAUGAUUACUUCCACAUCACUCACCGCGGAGAGCGGCGAGGUGUGGGCGGAAUAUUCUUCGACGAUGUUGACUACCCUGACCAACAGAGAGCAUUUGAGUUUGUCACUUCGUGUGCUGAAGCUGUCAUACCCAGCUAUUUACCAAUAGUUCAAAAGCACAAAGACGACGCCUACGGUUAUCAUGAAAGGCAAUGGCAACUGCUCCGUAGAGGACGAUAUGUGGAGUUUAAUCUGAUAUACGAUAGAGGCACUAAAUUUGGCCUGAACACACCAGAAGCUAGAUACGAAUCUAUACUUAUGUCGCUUCCCUUAAAUGCUAAAUGGGAGUAUAUGCACGAGCCCAAACCAAACACGCCUGAAGAAAAAUUAAUGCAAGUCCUAAAGGAACCAAGAGAUUGGCUGUACAUUUCUAAGGCAAAAAGCUCCAAAACAUAGGAUACGAGUAGAAAGUAAAGAAUAGUUGUUUAUAAAUGCGUAUGACGUUUGUUGAAUAUUUUUAAAUCUUUAAAGAGCUCUCUUCUGUGUAUGAACAAUUACUGUGUUACAGUUAAAACUCUUAUCUAGUGAAAACUACUAAAAAAAUUACUUCAAAAACAGUUAAUAGUACUUUUGACUGUAGAGGGUGGUCAAAAGUAAUUUUGUCUAUUUCAGUUAAAACCGUUGGCUGAAAUAAAUCACAGUCGAGUUUAUAAGAUUAAGUCCAUUGUGGCCCAGAACAAAAUCUGAGCACGCUGAAUUCUCGCAGUCUGGUUACCCCUAGUGUUCUUGUAAAGCGCGAAACCAGAAGCUUGCAAAAGAGUUUCUGAAUAAAGCGAGCCUAUCAUUUCUAAUAAAGCGAAGGAGAUGGUGAGCGAAGCUAGCCGGUGACUUCCGUAGCGAAAUGAAGGUCGAGUAGGUUGAAGCUGAAUGAAGGAGAGAUUUCUAGCGUAGCUCAUGUAAAAACACGAGGGGUAGCACACAGGACUGCGAGACAGGAGGACAGGAGCCGAGUAAUUUAUCUUCAAAUUAAUUUUUAACUGAUAUUUUUCAGUCAAAACUACUUUGACAGUUUUUACAGUUAAGAGUUCAGACUGUAACAACCACCUACAUUAAGAUUUAAGCCUAAUAAAAAAAUGACAACAUAUCCAGAAGUACUCAUGAGCUCUCUGACAUGGUUGCGGGAUAAAAUUUUAAGAAAAAAUUAAAUUGUAUAUAUUUACUUAACUAUUUUUAUAAAUCAAAUUAAAUUAUUUACUGUU